UGAUUAAUGUAGGGAGGCGGAGUCAAGAGGCGUUUCGACCAAUAAGAAAGCGUGGAAUUGCGUCUUUGAAGCCAGGCUUUAUAAACUUGCAGUUGUUUUCGACAUAAUACAUUCUCUUCAAGUUUACCACAGAGAAGCUCUUCACCAUGAGGCUGUGUUUGGCCGUGCUGACCGUGUGCCUCAGCACAGUGUUUGCUGCCCCCAGUCUGGACAGAGAACUCGACAGCCAUUGGCAACAGUGGAAAGUGUGGCAUAGUAAAAAAUAUCAUGAGAAGGAAGAAGGAUGGAGGCGGAUGGUCUGGGAGAAGAACUUGAAGAAGAUUGAGUUGCACAACCUGGAGCACUCGAUGGGCAAGCACACCUACCGCCUGGCAAUGAAUCACUUUGGUGACAUGACCCAUGAGGAAUUCAGGCAGAUAAUGAAUGGAUACACGCACAAGAAGGACAGGAAGACCAAGGGAUCUCUCUUCAUGGAGCCCAACUUCCUGGAGGCCCCAAGCAAGUUGGACUGGAGAGAGAAGGGCUACGUUACUCCGGUCAAAGACCAGGGCCAGUGUGGUUCCUGCUGGGCCUUCAGCACUACUGGAGCCAUGGAGGGUCAGCAGUUCAGAAAGACGGGCAAAUUGGUGUCCCUCAGUGAACAGAACCUGGUUGACUGCUCUCGUCCUGAAGGCAAUGAGGGCUGCAACGGUGGACUCAUGGACCAGGCCUUCCAGUAUAUCCAGGACAAUGGUGGCCUGGACACUGAGGAGUUCUACCCCUAUCUCGGAACUGAUGACCAGCCCUGCCAUUAUGAUCCCAAGUAUAGCGCAGCUAAUGACACUGGCUUUGUGGACAUCCCCAGUGGUAAAGAGCGUGCUCUGAUGAAGGCUGUGGCUGCAGUUGGUCCAGUGUCUGUGGCCAUUGAUGCUGGACAUGAGUCCUUCCAGUUCUACCAUUCAGGUAUUUACUAUGAGGAAGACUGCAGUAGUGAGGAAUUGGACCACGGUGUUCUGGUGGUUGGCUAUGGCUAUGAGGGUGAAAAUGUAGAUGGGAAGAAGUACUGGAUCGUCAAGAACAGCUGGAGUGAAAAUUGGGGUGACAAAGGCUACAUCUACAUGGCCAAAGACAGACACAACCACUGUGGUAUUGCUACAGCAGCCAGCUACCCACUGGUCUAAGAAAAACCUCCAGCAAGGCUUUCAGAAGGCCUUGUCUCAAUCUGUUCAGUAGUUCACUACCAUGAAGUGUCUUCACUGGUGUUGUGACUCACAGCAGCAGUGCAGUGAAGAGCUAGUUAAUUGUGAUAAAAGGGAAAGUAUUCAUCCCUAAUUAUGUUAGUGUGUGAAUGAAAGCUUAUAGAACAGGACUGUAUAGGCUUCUGGUUUUACAUGGAACACUGUUUUAGACAUUUUAUGCAAUUGUUUUAAGUAGGUUCUUUUUAUUACUUUUUUUUUUUUUUUUUUAUUGCUUAUUGUAAAUAUAAAUCAGUGUUGCUUGCCAAAAUGUAAAUGCCUUUCUUUUCUCUCUUUUUUUUUUUUUUUUUUUUUUUUUUUUUUUUUUUUUUUUUUUUUUUCCUCUUUCUUUCUUUCUAGUUUCAUGAUCACUUAAACCAAACAAGUGCAACAUGUGCAAUAGGCAGUAUCCAGUUGUUUUAUUUACAUCCUGUGUAAAUCAAGCAAUUAAACCUUCUACUGGAACUAA